AGGCAGCAUGGCGAGCCAAUGGCCUGCCCCAUCACCUGAUGUCUAUUUGAAUAUUGAUGCUCCUCCACCUUCCCGUGUUGUUAUUGUCUGAUAUUGUCCAAGCCAGACCGUCGCUCCAGUGGGGGAUUUCUAUAACCAACCCGAGACGACCGACAUGUCCCCGUUGCUGAAGCCGUUCUCGGUGCACGAAGGGCCGUGCGGGAGCUGCGGCGUCAGGAGAGGACGCCUGCGCUCAGCUCUCCAUCAGCAGCCUCCAUCGCAGCGUCUGUCCGCCGCCUCUGCGGCCGCGACGGGGCUGGGCUGUCUGCCGGCCCACCAGCAGUCUCACGCGGCGAGGAGACACCUCGCGGCCGCUGCAGUCGGUGGGAGGAAAAUCACGCAUCCCGGAAAGGCCAUCCUUGCAGGUGGGAUUGCAGGAGGCAUAGAAAUCUGUAUCACCUUCCCCACCGAGUAUGUCAAGACCCAGCUGCAGCUCGAUGGGAGAGCCAACCCCCCGAGAUACAGAGGAAUCGGUGACUGUGUGAAGUUGACUGUGCAAGAUCACGGACUGAGAGGGUUGUAUCGAGGUCUCAGCUCCUUGCUCUAUGGAUCGAUACCCAAGUCUGCAGUGAGGUUCGGCACGUUUGAGAUGCUCAGCAACCCGAUGCGAGACGCCACAGGCCGGCUGGACAACACACGCAGCCUCGUGUGUGGUUUAGGAGCAGGUAUAGCGGAGGCCAUCGUGGUCGUCUGCCCCAUGGAGACGCUUAAGGUGAAGAUGAUCCAUGACCAGUGUUCCCUCAGACCUCGAUACAGAGGCUUCUUUCACGGAGUCAGUGAGAUUAUCAGAGAACAGGGUGUGAGAGGGACGUACCAAGGUCUGACAGCGACCGUGCUCAAACAAGGAACCAAUCAGGCGAUCCGAUUCUACGUGAUGAACGCGCUGCGCAAUUGGUAUAAAGGCGAUGACCCCAGACGAGACAUGCACCCGGUUGUCACAGCGACGUUUGGAGCCACGGCGGGAGCUGCCAGUGUUUUUGGAAAUACACCCCUGGAUGUGGUGAAGACCAGGAUGCAGGGUUUGGAGGCCCACCGCUACAAAAACACAGUGGAUUGUGCCUUUCAGAUCUUGAAGCAUGAAGGGCCACAGGCGUUCUACAAAGGAACAGUUCCCAGGCUGGGCCGCGUGUGCUUGGACGUGGCCAUCGUCUUCGUCAUCUAUGAGGAGGUCGUCAAACUACUCAACAACGUGUGGAAGACCCAGUAGAGCGGCCGGACGGCGGCGGAGGUCCAGAGGGAAGCGCAGACCAGUGCCUCAUGCUUACGCACAAGUGAACUCCUCUAGUAUAGUUCUUACUCACUCUCUGCAACGCCCUGAGUAGAUGACCCUUCAUCACGAAAAAGAGAGCAGCUGCUUGCCCUUUUGCAUUUCUCUGCUCUCUUCCGGGGUCAGACUCAGAAAUCAAGAGAGAACCUUGUUUUUUGAAGAGCAGGUUACGGCAAAGACAAAUGAAGUACUGAAACGAUCAAACGCGUAGAUAGUUUCUUUUAGUCUUAUUACCAGAAACAUCAGUGUAUGUAGAGAAGAAACACACAGAUUAUUAAUCAAAGGUUGACAUUAGAGGAUGACUUUACAAGGGUAAAAAGAGAUAUUAAUGGAUGUCUAAUGUUUUAGCUUUCUAUGACUGUUAUGGUAGAUAGUAGAGUGAACACUUUGUACUGAAACCAUAAACGUGUCUUUUGAUUCACUGAGUACUUACAAUACUGGACUCUAGAGCUGCCCCCUUCUCCCCCCUUAUUGAUUAGUGGAUUUAAUUGACUUAUUUGUAAAACUGAGAGCCUCCACAAAGAAUGCAAAAGCACUUCUGCUAAUCUUGUGUUUAACCGAGAUGUGCUCACUUUGGGGAAAUACGUAUUUCAAAAAUGAUGAAUUGACGAAAUAAAUCUCAGUCCACGAGGGCCAAAACAACCAGUUUGUCUACUAAUCGACUAAGAGGGGGCCACCCUACUGGGCACAGAUGUCUGUGCAGGACUUCGACACAUCGCUGUGUGGUAACUGCUUCCCCGACUGCUUGUGGAGGCGUCACACUGAAACAUGUCUUGGUGAUGAACUUUAGAUACUGUUCAUUGUGCAUUUCAUGGCUCGCCACAGACACCUGCUGUGUACGGCUGCAUGGAUCGUUAUGUGACAUCUGUUAGCGUUGCACGCCGACUUGUCGAGGUGACACAAACUGAUCCUGGAGUCAGAACCUCUCUCUUGUUUCAGUGUUUUAACCUGAUUCAAGCACACGUUGUGAGAAACAAAUCCAUAUGUGGCACAAUCUUCACAUGCAGUCUUACUGGGAGGAGAUGAGUCAAUGAUGGAAGUUAAUGAGCUCAUGGUUGCAUUUCUAACAUAAGUAGGUGGCUGAGUUCUCUAGUUGAAUGUGGAAGCUUUGUUUGGGAAUAUUUGGCUUUUAUUCAGACCCUCAGUCAGGUUGCUGUUUCCAAGCAGGAGCUGGUGUGCAUCCGGAAAUAUAACCCUGAAUUCACUUGUUACUCAAGAUGACAACACGUCUGCCUCUGUAAGCCAUGACUUCAGGGCACUUUUCUUGUGCUUAUUGAUUCACUCAACCAAAAGACUGUCCUCACGUCAGAUAUGUCACUUUAACAUAUUUUGUUUACCUCAAGCUAACCUGCUUCACAAGCCUUUUGUGCUCUAACUGAUAAAAUAGUUCAUUUGCCCUCUUUGAAUGCACUCAUUCUGGUCUUGGUGUUUACAUUUGUUGAACGACAACAAAGGGACCGGAGAUGUCAGAGGCUCGAUGACAUAAGUGACUCGUACUGAACCACGGUUUGGUUUUGAUACACAAGCCUUUUACUUAUCUUUGCCAAACUACUUGCUUAGAAUCUCUGAUGUAAUAUCCCUGGUAGGAGCAAAUGUUUAUUACAUUAAAAACCAAGGGCAACAGAAUAUUGUUCAUUCGCUAAAGUACAUUUUUUAUUGUGUAGAAUCUUUGUUUCUGCCUUGCUGCUUUUCACAAACAGGCCAAAAGUGUGUGGACGUCAUUGUACAGCAUAUCAGAUUUGAUCGUUCACGUUUCAGAAGAUGCCGUUGUGCAGAGAAGGAUUUGUGUGAAAUAACCUGGUCUGACAUCAGAAAAUAAAACGUGUUAAAAACAUAAACUUUGAUUUACAAGAUCAGAUGUUGUGUAAACCUCUAAAAAUAAAAAAUAAAGAUUUAGAAGUAACAUGAUUCACUGGUGCCCUCGAUGGACUGGCGGCCUGUCCAGGGUGUCCCCUGCCUUCGCCCCAUGUCAGCUGGGAUAGGCUCCAGCGCCCCCGCGACCCUAAUGAGGAUAAGCGGUAUUGAAAAUGGAUGGAUGGAUGGAUGAUUCACUGGUUUCAAUAAAUUGAUUGAUAAACCCAA